UUGCCCUACAAGGAGGUGGUUUAGAAUAGAUACAUUAAAUUAUGCUAUGUUUCUGGAUGCUGGCUAAUAUCUGGUGAUCUUCGUGUGUGUAUGAUGUAUUCCCCCCUUGAGGAGAAGCAGUGCGCCAUGGUCGCUAUUCAAAACUCCUCCACGUGAGGAUGCUUUUGCAAGAAAUUGCUGGUCUAUUUUAUCUGGCUCGGUUUUAUCAGUGAUAGCAAUGCAGUGUUGGAGACUGUAGUUUGAAUAUGGUGAAACUGCCUUGAUUUCAAAAUACCACUCUGAAAUGUAAUACUUAAAAUCAUCAUCACAUCCUAUUUCAAAUGAUCCAUAGCUCACCCAUUUUAAGUAAGAGCCAAACUGUGCUGAUUCAGAAGCCCUGGGUGUGGUGCACAAGCACGUGUGCCACAGCAGCAGCAGUGACCAGCAUCCACAACUCUGCUGAGGGAGUGACAGAGCAGGACUGUGAUCCUGGAGAGGCUUCACGAGCCUGGAGGAGAAAUACUUCUCCUGAUUCCUGCACCCAAAAUUGAAAUCUACCACUAAAAUCAACAAAAAAGAAAUGAUAAAAUUUUUUCUUAUGGUUAACAAGCAAGGUCAAACAAGACUCUCCAGGUAUUAUGAGCAUGUAGAAAUUAAUAAACGGACAGUGCUGGAAGCUGAAGUAAUCAAAAACUGUCUCUCUCGUUCAAAGGAUGAGUGCUCUUUUGUUGAGUAUAAGGACUUCAAGCUGGUGUACCGACAGUAUGCAGCCCUUUUCAUAGUUGUUGGCAUUGACCAGACAGAGAAUGAGAUGGCAGUAUAUGAACUAAUUCAUAAUUUUGUGGAAGUUUUGGACAAAUACUUCAGCAGAGUGAGUGAAUUAGAUAUCAUGUUCAAUUUGGACAGAGUGCACAUCAUUUUGGAUGAAAUGGUGCUAAAUGGUUGCAUUGUGGAAACAAACCGGAACAGAAUUCUCGCCCCUUUGUUUGUGCUUGACAAAGUGGCAGAAGGCUAGGAAGAUGCAAGAGUGACUCAGUUUUACAAAAGAUGGCAAAAUCAUCAAGAAUGUGCCCACAGCAGUUUUCUGCUGUUGCAAGACUGACUCAUGCAACAUUGAAAUUAACUGGAAAAUAUUUUCCAUUUCUUCUAUACUCUGUGUACCCUAUGGGAAAGAUACAGCUAAACACGUGGAUGCAUUGAGAUGCAGCUUCACUGACCCAGCAGAAAUCUUCCUAGAAUGGUCAGUAAUUAUAAAACAUUUUGAGGACGAAAAAAUGGCAACUUACCAUGACUGACUAGGUAUCCCUUUGAAUUAUGUAGUAUCGUGCCAGACCUAGAAGACAAAAUACAUAGAAAUACAAACUCACACUGAGUUUCAGUCCUUUCCUUAAUCACCAACUUGAUUUAUUUUCAUACAAAUUUACUGUUAAUAAUAGUUCUGUGACUUUUAUGCCUACUUUUGGACUAUAUCCAUCCUUCAUCAAAAAGCUGGUUUCCCUCCCUUUGCCAUUCAAGUCAUGGACACAAAAAGAAAAGUACAGAUGUAUUAAGUAUUUCUGCAUACUCUGCACGUUGUAACUUAUUUAGCACUUAAAUAUUAUAAUACUAAUAAAAGAUAAUUAAAAUCAGAAGUUUAA